ACUUAGUCACUCUCGAAUUGGCUCGCAACGUGUGUCCUUGCACCCUGCCCAUAUUUUGCUCUUUAUGACGCGCAUCUGCAGACCUCAGCGUGUCUUCCAUUCCAUCUUUUGUACCCGCAUACUCUUGCUGAUCAUGAAACAACGCCGUCCACCAAGCUCACCCAUCUUAGAUAGCACGGAUUUGACGAUUUUUAUGCCUCGCUCUGAGGCAACAGACUCAUCAGCGCUGGCUUCCUCCUCGUCACCAGCAUGAUUCUGACUAUCACACGAUUAGUUAUUUUGUAGAGGCUGUAGCAUAGUCGUACUCUGUAGCUUUAUCUGCUUUUGGAUUCAAGAUCGGUCCGGAC